GGGCCUGUGAGAUUCGGACAGGGACGCAGCAUCACGAAACUCCGGGGAGAGACGCGCGGAGCGAGCGAGAAUCUGUGUGCAGCCGGUCACUGCGGAGCUGGGCUGGGGCAUGGCGGUGAAUGUUUAUUCCACGUCGGUGACCAGCGAGAACCUGAGCCGCCACGACUUCCUCGCGUGGGUCAACGACUCGCUGCAGCUCAACUACACCAAGAUAGAGCAGAUGUGCUCAGGGGUCGCGUACUGCCACUUCAUGGACAUGCUGUUCCCGGGGUGCAUCCAGCUGAAGAAGGUGAAGUUUCAGGCCAAGCUGGAGCACGAGUACAUCAACAACUUCAAGGUGCUCCAGGGGGCCUUCAAAAAGAUGGGCGUGGACAAGAUUAUCCCCGUGGAGCGGUUGGUUAAAGGGAAGUUUCAGGAUAACUUCGAGUUCGUCCAGUGGUUCAAAAAAUUAUUCGACGCCAACUACGACGGGAAGGAUUACGACCCCGUGCUGGCCAGGCAGGGGCAAGACACGGGGCCGCUGCCCAACCCUGGCGAGCACAAGCCCAAGAAGCCCAUCGGCACAGCAGUCCCGCAGAGAACGUCUCCCACGGCUCCCAAAAUCAUGCCGCCUCCCGCGAGGUUACACAACGCUCCCCCCACCCGGAAGAGUCUGCCGAUCACCCGGAACGGGGGCCACGAACUCGACUCCCAAAUAGUGGAACUCAACCAGCAGCUGAUGGAGCUGAAGCUGACGAUAGACGGCCUGGAGAAAGAGAGAGAUUUCUACUUCAGCAAACUGCGAGACAUCGAGCUGAUCUGCCAGGAGCACGAGAGCGAGAACCCGAGCGUCCUCUCCAAGAUCAUCGACAUCCUGUACGCCACAGAGGAUGGAUUUGCUCCGCCGGAAGAUGAUGAAAACGCUGACGUUCAGCCGGAGGAUCAGGAUGAAUACUAGCGGCGUCCUCCUCCUCCUCCUCCUCGCCGCUCGCCGGCCGCACUGCAUUCUCUCACGCCAUCACCCCGCACCGUGCCCGGGGGACCAGCGGCCGCCGGCGCUUCCUUCACGUCGCGGAUUUCCGGCUCGCCCGUUCGUUUCGCGUCCCCCGUUAACCCUUCAGCACCGGCCGGCCGUCCCCUGGGGGCGGAUGUGAUCAUUGCGUUUAAAAUGCUGCAUUUGCCCUUUUUCCCCCCUCGUGUUUCCUCCGUU